CCCAUCCAUCCACAGUCUACUCAUCUACAACUCCCUGAAUCCAUCAUCUGCUCAUUCACUCGUCACCUCUUCACUCACUACCCAUCCUUCCAUUGACCCAUCCACUCAAACAUGCACUAAGCCAGCUGCUGAGCAUUGAAGUAGCUAUGCCUCAUUUUUACUUUUGUAAGACUCCAGCCCUUGGUGCUUAGAUCCAGGUGGGGACCUCUCACCUCAGUGUGGCCAUGUCUGGAGAGGCAGAGAGACCCACAUCAGGGGGAACCUGGAAGGGCUGUGAGGGCUCUCUGUAGGAGCGUGUGGAGAAGGCAUGGGGAGAAGGGGAUUUUGGGGCUGUCUUGAGAUGGAGAAGCAGCUCCUGGGAGGUUGGAAUGGGAAACAGGAGGUAUGCCCAGCAGAGGGCUGAGCUUGGACAAAGGCUGGAGGCUUGAAAGAGAAAGAGGGCAGCCAGGCUGCUGUGAACUCCACGAUGCAUAUGGCAGGGGAGCCAUGCCGGGUCUUGGAGGAGGUGAGGACUCUGUCCACUGUCCAUUCUUACAGGUCUGGAGGUGACACCCGGCCCUGGGGCUUACAGCCCAGAGAAGGUGGCCCCCAUGCGCCAGCGGACACCUCCAGCUUUCACACUGGGCUCCCGCCUCCGCCCACGGCCCCUGAACACCUCAGCCCCUGCCCCCAACACCUACACCCUGCCCUCCCUCUGGGGCUCGCAGGUCUUUACCAAGCCCAGCAGCCCCAGCUACACCGUGGCUGGCCGCACACCGGCCGCCCGCCCCUCGCAGGACCCCGCGGAGAUACCCGGCCCUGGCCAGUAUGACAGCCCGGACCCCAAUGCCUACCGUCAGCGCCGGCCGGCCUUCACCAUGCUGGGGCGGCCCCGAGCCCCACGGCCCCCAGAUGAGACACCCGGCCCCGGCAGCCACAGCCCUGAGCAGGUCACUGUGACCAAGGCCAGGGCCCCGGCAUUCACCAUGGGCAUCCGCCACUCCAAGCGGGCUACCACCAUGGCCGCAGACACUGCACCCUGAUGCCCUCAUGACAGGAGGUGACAGGACGCCUGGCCCACUCCUGGGUUGAGCCUCAGUCUCCUGUGCUGUGAAGUGGAGGGGGGUAGGCAGGCAGUUGGACAGGGGAGCCUAGGAGAAGCCAGGGUGAGGGGAAGGCACCUCCUUCCUUCCUGUCUUCUGAAAGGUCCUUCUAGGCCACUGCUUUCUCCAGUCCUGGGGGCUGUGAUCCCGUGGUCCCCACAGGGUGAGUCUCCUUCCAGUGUCCCAGUUUCUUCUGUCCAGGUCACAGCAGGCCAGGCCAGGCCAGGUGGAAAAAGGGACACUCUGGCCUUCCCCAGCCACUGGCCAGACACACGGCUUCCUGUGUCCUAGAACUCAGUGUCCGCCCUCAAGGGCCUGGGUCCCCAUCAUGGCUCGGGUUUCUGCCUCACUUGGGCUCAUCCCUGCUACUCAUGGAAGGGUUGUUUGGGCCCAGAUCCUGCUGGAGGCAGCCCUGCCGCCCUCCUACCUGCCCCACCCUCUAGCUGCCUACCAAUAAAAUUCUGGGGCACUGGCAGCUGUCAGCAUCCUGGUUGCAUCUGUUCACGCCACAGGAAGGAAACCUGAACACUGCUCUCAGAGCCCAGGCCCUAACUCUGCAGCCCUCUGGGCACCUGGAUGGGACUGAAGAAGGGGUCCAGGACUGGAGGAGAUGUGCCAUGGGGCAGGGGUUUGAGUGGAGGGAGCCAGCCUGGUAGGCUUCUUGAAAGAAGGGACACCAAAGCUGGGCUUUGAAGGAUGUAUAGGAACUUGAUGAAGUUGAACAUUUGCCACAGUAGGCGCCUACCGUGUUCCAGGCAUUGGUAAGGGUGUUUUGCAGCGACUCCGGAGGCAAGUCACGUUUACAGACAUUUGUCAGAGGGCAUAAUGGGUGCUGGUGUCCUUCCGCGGCCUGGAUAUGAAUCCUGCCCCAUGGGCUCUGUUCCUGCCGAUCUUUUCCACGGACAGAAAAGAAAUACGUGGAUGAAGCAUGUAACCAAGCCCUUGGGACCACGCCACCUUAUUAACUGCAGCCCAGAAAGACCCUAACCCAGGAUCUUGGGAGGGACAGACCACACUUUGACUUCGUGGAGGAGAUGACCCCCAGUGCAGCGCAGCAGGAAGAGCCUAGACCUUGGAGUUGGGGUCAGCUCUCUCCUACUUGGCCCCUCUUCCCCAGCCUGGGUGCCAAACCUCAGCACACACCCUUCACCAGACUAGGUGGACACAUGCCAGGAGCCCCUCUAUACACACCUGUGUACACACCAGGA